GGAGGAAAGACUCCCCGGCCCCCGCGCCGCCGACGGGGCCUCCCUGCCCCCUCCCCGCCGGCGCCCCGCACUCGGUGAUUGGCUGGCGCCGCGGGUCCCUGGCACGCGCCUGUGGAUGUAGUUAUAAGAAUCCUCGCGUGCCGGCCCUCAGCUUCAGCAAGUCGGCCACAGCCCUCCCCGGCGCAGCGCGGGCGCCGGCCACAGCCCAACGGCCGCGGCCACUCCAGCGAGGCCGGGGGCGGGAAGCGGGCGGGCGGUCCUCCCGGCCUCUCGCUCCCCCCCCGGGAGGGAGGGGGCCGCCGCGCGAGCCAGAACCGCACCGUCAAACGUCCGGAGAAGCCCCUCAGCCCCUCAGGCCUUCAGGCCCGCGGCGGCACAGAGCAUGGACGCGGUGCUACUAGAGCACUUCCCCGGGGGCCUGGAAGCCUUCCCGUCUCCCUACUUUGACGAGGAGGACUUCUUCACCGACCAGUCCUCUCGGGACCCUCUGGAGGACGGCGAUGAGCUGCUGGCGGACGAGCAGGCCGAGGUGGAGUUCCUCAGCCACCAGCUGCACGAGUACUGCUACCGCGACGGGGCGUGCCUGCUGCUGCAGCCCGAGCUGCAGCAGCUGCGGCAAGCGGCCAACGUGCGCGAGCGGCGGCGCAUGCAGUCCAUCAACGACGCCUUCGAGGGGCUGCGCUCGCACAUCCCCACGCUGCCCUACGAGAAGCGCCUCUCCAAGGUGGACACGCUGCGCCUGGCCAUCGGCUACAUCAACUUCCUCAGUGAGCUGGUGCAGGCAGACCUGCCGCUGCGCGGCGGCGGCGCAGGCGGCGGAGGGGGACCGGGCGGCGGCGGGCGCCUGGGCGGGGAUAGCCCCGGCAGCCAGGCCCAGAAGGUCAUCAUCUGCCAUCGGGGCACCCGGUCCCCCUCCCCCAGCGACCCGGAUUACGGCCUCCCUCCCCUUGCAGGACACUCCCUCUCAUGGACUGAUGAAAAGCAACUCAAAGAACAAAAUAUUAUCCGAACGGCCAAAGUGUGGACCCCAGAGGACCCCAGAAAACUCAACAGCAAAUCUUCCUUCAACAACAUAGAAAACGAACCCCCUUUUGAGUUUGUGUCCUGAGAAGUCCCAGACCCUCUUGAGGAUCUGAUUAUGUCUCUGUGCAUAUUGUACAUGUAAAUAUCUAUAAUGUAAUUUAAGAAUCACAUUUUUCUAAUGGCAAUCAACUGUUUGUUAUUUAUCUAUUUAUUAUCCUGUCGAGUUAAUGAAAUAGACGAUCUCUUUUUAAGUAUAUAAUUUAUAUAAUUUAUCCUGAUUUUCUAAAAAUAUGCAAUAGCCUAUGAUUUCCCCCAGCACCUUGGGCAGAACUCUGCGUUGUUGGAAGAACUCUGGCCAGAAAACGUCACGCUAAUUUAUUGCCAGAUAUGGUUUAUUUCUAAGCGUUUUUAAUAAAUGCUAU